CUUUUAUCCAGAACCAUUAAUGAUUGAAACAUAAUAAUGAAAAAUAAUACUUAAACAAAUACAUCUAAUGUUUACCGUGAAAUUUAUAGUCCUCAUCGUCGCGUUUGCUACGCAAUGCGUGUACGCUAAAUCGCGAAAUGGAUAUGGUUAUUUCGACGAGAAAUUCUGUGUGCUUGAGUGGAUCACCUACCUGAAGCGACUCUCGUUAAUCGCGUUAAUGUUGUGUGGCAUCGUUUUGUAUUACGUGCCCAAGUCACGUUCAUAUGCUCGAAGAGCAUGUUGCAUCUUGAUAGAUACCGUUGCAAACGGAUUGAAGUUUGCCUUAAAUAUAGACGAAAUUGAAAAGAUAAAAGCGAGAUACGAAAAUGAAAAUAAAGAACUAAGAAUACAAGAACUAUAUCGAAAAGUAUACGAAGAAAAUACAAGAAAUGGUCAAAAAUACAUUAAUAAAACAAACUUGGACAAAGAUAAUCAUAAAUCAAUAAGAAAACACAAAAGUAAGAAAUUUCGCGCAAAGCACACUAUUGGUGGAAAACAUGAACGUUAUCGAUAUAAUCGUCAUCAUCAAAAUGCGAUCAAUAAUAUGUUGCCGGAAUCCAAUGCAGUUAUAACCGCGAAAUUCAAAACUCCAUCCUCCCAAAAACAGGAGAACAUGAGCAACAGCGAUACUAAUAAAAAAAUGCAGACUAAACAAAAUUUUGAUUGUAUGAAGCACGAAGAAGUUGCAAUUCUUUCCCAACGUCAGUCAAGUAAAGAUUGCGUGACAAUGACCAUAAACAAGCAAAUGGAUUCUCGUUAUGAUCGAGUUAAACCAGUCCUGUUGCGAGUUGUAAACUGGUUUUUUGGUGGUUGCCCAGAGUCAUCAAAACGACAUCGAGAGCAGAUUGACGAAGUCGGAAAGGAAGAAAUUUUCGAAUCUACCAACACGUGGCUCCUCUAAACGAACGAAAUACCUGCAGCAGUAAAGUGCGAAGCUGUCGAUAAACGUAGAGAUCUAUGUUUUAAUGUAACAUGGAGAUAAUUAUAAAAUUAUAGUAAAUUGU